AUGGUUUUAUUCCUGACGCAGGUAUCAGGAUAUUGUGGCCUUCUUUUGGGGAGCCCUGUGAUUCUCUAUGAGAUCAUUGCCUUUGUUCUUCCAGGUUUAACAAGGGCAGAGAGAAGAUUCCUGGGGCCAAUUGUCUUUGGAUCCUCGAUACUUUUUUAUGCUGGCAUCACCUUCUCAUACUUGGUCCUUACUCCAGCUGCCUUGAAUUUCUUCGUUAGUUAUGCGGAAGGGGUGGUGGAAUCAUUAUGGUCCAUUGAUCAAUACUUUGAGUUUGUCCUUGUUCUCAUGUUUAGCACAGGAUUGUCUUUCCAGGUUCCAGUUAUACAACUCCUGUUGGGACAAGUUGGAUUAGUAUCUGGAGAUCAAAUGCUCUCAAUUUGGAGAUAUGUUGUGAUUGGUGCUGUGGUUGCAGCUGCUGUACUCACACCAUCUACCGACCCUCUUACUCAGAUACUUCUGGCAGGCCCUCUUCUGGGUCUCUACCUAGGCGGUGCAUGGAUGGUAAAGCUCAUUGGGCGAUGA